GUGUUUCAGUUUGGUAUAGAAAACUGGCGUGGGGGCAUUUAAGCCACAUUUCACACACUGAAGAACGAAAGUACUUUGAGGAGACAUCUAUCUUUCUUUUCAAAGGUACAAUGGUGAGAUCCUGUGGUCUGCUAACUGCCCAGAAGGAACCAGUUCCUCUGAAGAGCAUUGAGGUGGAGCUGGAGGUGAGGGACCAUGUGGCUACAGUGGUCUCCACUCUGAACUAUAAGAAUAAGGAGAACAAGCCAUUAGAGGCUGUUUUUGUCUUCCCUCUGCCUGGAGAUGCUGCUGUCUGUCAUUUCAGUGCUAAGAUCGGACAGACACAGAUUGUAGCUGAGGUGAAGGAGAAGCAGAAGGCUCGUGAGGAGUAUGAUGAUGCUCUGAGCUCCGGUCAGCAGGCCUUCCUAUUGGAGGAAAGUGAUCAGAGUCCAGAUAUAUUCUCUCUGAGUGUGGGCAGUCUGCCUCCAGGAGAGAGCGCCUCCAUCAGGUUGGAGUACGUGACUGAGCUGGCUGUGCAGGCUGAUGAUGGUCUGAGGUUCUGUCUGCCUGCUGUGCUCAACCCUCGAUACCAGCCUCGGGGGAGCUUUUCCCUCUCAUUGUUGCCAAGGCACUUGCUCAUAGGGGGUCUUUCGAGUGCGGGGUUAGUGCCCUACAGUCUGUCUUUUUCUGCCCGAGUGUCCUCUCCUCGUCCAAUCUCUAAGGUAGAGUCCAACUGUUCCCUGGACCCUCUCCAGUACCUCAACACUGAUCAAACCCAGGCCACGGUUAACUUGGCUGCAGGACACAAGUUUGACAGAGAUGUUGAACUGCUGAUGUAUUACAAAGAUGCCCACCAGCCCACUGCUGUGGUGGAGGCAGGACAGGCCUCUGCUGAGCCGGGCUCUCUGGUGGGUGAUCCGGUGGUGAUGGUGAGUCUGUACCCUGAGUUCCCCCAGUCUGUGAUGUCUUCAUGUGGAGAGUUUGUGUUCUUAAUGGAUCGAUCUGGAAGUAUGAGUAAUACUCGCAUUCGCAGUGCCAGGGAUACUCUGCUGCUCCUGUUGAAGAGCUUACCAAUGGGCUGCUAUUUCAACAUUUACAGUUUUGGGUCCAGAUAUGAACACAUCUUCCCUAAGAGUGUGGAGUACAGCCAGCAGACCAUGAAGGAGUCUCUGAAGAAAGUUGAGCAGAUGGAGGCUAAUCUUGGAGGAACUGAGAUCCUGGAGCCCCUCAAACAUAUUUACAGCCAGCCCUGCAUUCCCAAUCAGCCUCGACAGCUGUUUGUCUUUACUGAUGGAGAGGUGGGGAACACCAAAGAAGUGAUAGAUCUGGUGAAGAACAACUCAGAUUCUCACAGGUGUUUCUCUUUUGGGAUUGGGGAAGGGGCCAGCUCUGCUCUCAUCAAUGGGAUGGCCAAAGAAGGAGGAGGUCAUGCUCAGUUCAUCACAGGGACUGACAGGAUGCAACCAAAAGUGAUGCAGUCGCUGCGAUUUGCUCUGCAGCCGGCUGUGGUCGACAUCUCAGUCACAUGGGAUUUACCAAAGGAAGUGUCUGUCACUGUCCUCUCUCCACCAAUCAAGACACUUUUCCAGGGUCAGAGGUCACUGAUUUAUGCCCAGCUCACUGGACAGUGCUCAGAGGCAGCAGAGGGCUGUGUGACGGUGAAGUACAGCCUGGCAGGUCAUCCCUCUGAGAACCAGCUGCACUUCAGUCUCAGACCUGCAGAGGACACUGGAUUAACAGUCCACAGGUUGGGUGCUCGGACUCUGAUUCGCUCCCUGGAGAUGGAGCAGAGAGAGCACAGAGGACAGCAAGAUGGAGGUGUGAAGGAGAAGGUGGUGCAUCUCAGUGUCCAAUCAGGAGUUAGCAGUUCUUUCACUGCCUUCAUUGCUGUCAACAAAGACAACAGCGAAGUGAUUCAAGGACCUCUUGUGCGCAGAAAUAUUCCAACAGCCAUGAUCCAGAGUCGUCCUGUGGUGAAGAGUGCUCUACGUAAUGGCCGUGCACGCCCACCUGCAUUCGAGACAUAUCAGUGUCUUCUACCUAAAAGAGAAGAUGGCCGUGCUCGCCCACCUGCAUUCGAGACAUAUCAGCAUUAUCAACCUCUAAGAAGAGAUGGCUGUGCUCGCCCACCUGCAGUCGUGGAAUAUAAGUGUCUUCCAUCUGAAUGGACAGAAUGCUAUGCAAGCCUCUGUGCUCAAUCGCAGGUCAUGCGCUCUGCUGUAGAACCUGAUAGCUAUGAACCAACAAACAAGUCUGACAGCAAAAAAGGGCUAUUUACUCACAUGAAGAAGAAGAUACCUGUCUUUUGGAAAUCUCGUAAGACGUCUGCCAACUAUGAUGAUGCUCAUCCAAAAUUUGUGUCAGAAGCUGCUGUGCAAAUGCAGCCAACCAGAGAUCCUUUGCUACAGUUAGUCUCCCUCCAGGAGGCGUCUGGCUGCUGGCUGCUUGAUCCAGCUCUGGCUACUGCACUGGGAAAGACCAGCAAGGAGGUGGAAAAGUCAAAGCCUGAAAAGGGCAACAAUGAAGUGUGGGCCACCGUUCUGGCUCUGAUCUGGCUUCAUGCUUUCAAGAUGGAUGCAAAGGACGAGUGGGAGCUUCUGGCUAUGAAGGCUGCUUCAUGGCUCCGUGCUCAGAAUGCACCAUGUGUGUCAGAGUGUGUGGAAGCUGGAAAUGUCCUGUUGGGUUCCAGCGUGAAGAAAGAAGCUCUGGGACUCUGAGAGUUUUCUCAAAGAGCUAGUCAUGCCAAAUGCCUUUUGAUUCAGUGUUGUGUCUUCUUCAUUCACCUUUUUCACUGACUGUGUGUUUAUACAUCACUCUGCAUUUAAUCAUCAGUUAUCAUUAAUCUCUGGCUCUCUUCCAUAGCGUGUCUUUUGUCCUGCUCCCUCCCCUCAGAAAUAAGAGAGAAAGCACGCUCAUGUACACGCUUAAUGUGCCCUACACACUUGUGCCUUGGGAAACGUUUGUCUUUGUGAUUAAGAUGUGUAUAUUAGCAAGUAAUUUAUGUUUCAUUUUCUGUACAUUUCAGUUAGAAAAACGAGGAGAAGCCUUAAGAAAGGAAAAGGUUUAAAAAGGUCUUCAAAGUCAAGAAAAGCAAGCCUUGUAUCUCUUCUAUUUUGUUUGCUGGCUGUCUAGCUUCACAUUGUUACGCAGCACGAGGCAACUGUUGUUGUGAUUUGGAGUUAUAUAAACAAAACUGAAUUAAAUUGUACUGAAUGAUGUCUC